AUGUUUCUCGGCUGGCGAAUCUACGCGAUUCGGCGAGAUUCCGUGGGCGGGGUGAAUGCGGACUCGGACCAUCCGGACGUAUGCAAAUAUGCCAGGGACAACGAUUCGGUCAUUUUUCGGGAAUACGAGAAAAUUGGCUACAAAACGAUGUACAGUGAGGACUACGGUAGCCGGGACCGCAUUUUCCUGGAAUUGCAAAGGGUUCAAGGAUCAGGAGGCGAACCAUCUCUUUCGAAUUGUUUCGAAUGGCACACCGCACAGCUCGACUACUUUGGAAAAUUCCUCAGGGCCUAUAAUGGCACCCCAAAAUUCGUGAUCAACUGGUCCACCGCACCCUGUCACGAUGAUCCGAAUUUGUUGUACCAUGCUGAUGAGGAUUUCUAUAAUUUCCUCGAAAAGCAUGAGAAACGACUGCAGAACGCGUUCAUCUUCUUCAUGGGCGACCACGGGCCACGGUAUGGGGUGGUGGCCCGGGCGGAAAUGGGAAAGCGCGAGAUCAACAACCCGUUGCUGCACAUAUCUGUACCUCAUUGGCUACGUAACAAUACACAGUUAACCAAAAACAUGGAGGAAAAUUCGCAGCGCAUGAUUCUACAGUAUGACAUCUACGAGACGCUGAAGGAUAUAUUACGGUACGCUCCGGAAAGCAACUUCACCGACUUCGCGUACGUCGAACGGGAAAAGGACAACGACAACAAUGGAACGUCAUUAUUGCGCCCGUUCCCGGAACCGCUACGCCACCGUAAUUGCCGGAAUAUCGCCGUCCACACCGCGUACUGUAUGUGCGAAUUCGACAAGGAGCUCGUUUACAAUGAAACAUUGAUCAAAGACGCGAAAAUGGUCGUCAUCCAGGAAAUUAACGCCAUUUUCCGCCAAUUCAACGUCACCAAUUUUUGCGCCAAUCACAAAUUGGACCAGAUAAUCUCCAUAAAGGGCUUCAUCCCGACAAAACGGACUCGAAUGUUCGAAGUAUUCUUCCGGUCGACCCUUGGCAAAGGCGAAUUCACUGUGGUGCUAAAGCUGGACGAUUCGGGGCGACUAGUGCGUGCCGGUGAAUUCCUCCGGCUGAAUAAGUACGGCGACCAGGCGGAUUGUAUCGCUGCCCUCUACGCUGAUCUACGCCCCAUUUGCUACUGCAAAAAGCAGAAAAAGCCGAAGCCGAAGAAU